UGAGGGGGCGGCAUGUGCCCUGGCCAGUUUUUUUCGUCCGCAUGGAAGCGCCCCGUUCCCCAGGGGGAACCGCAUUUUUGUCGGCCCCCCAGGUGGAUGGCCCGUUUCGAGGCGCACAAGAAGUGGACUUCGGAAUGGGGGUCGGUUUCAGAAAAGGUGGACAGCGUCUUAGAGAAACUAUGGAAGAGCUCAGCAAAAAUGACACUGUGCCCGUUCGUGAAACUGCAUGCGAAGAUCCUUUCGCUCAAGACGGACCCGGCGGACAUCCAGGCGGUCGCCGGGUGCGACUCCGAGAAGCUCAGCCAGGUGAAGGACUCGCUCUGCAGGCUCGUCACCCAUGGCAACGUUGGCCUGCUGAUGUUCGGCGCGGAAGUCGGCAAGAGCACCUCGCAUGCCGUCCGGCUCGCGAUCGAGAAGGUCAUCCGCGAGUUCAACGUCCAGGGGAACGUCUUCAACUCCGAGACGGUGGCGGCUACUAAGGCCAAAGCGUUGGCUGCCGUGGGCGCGGUGGCCAACUUGAACCUGAUGCCGCGGCAUCGCCAGGCGGAGGGGCGCUAUCGAGGUCAAGCGAUGAAGGCCCCCGUGGCCUCCAUCGAGGCGGAGGUCUCGUGGCGCAUAAGCUUGGCGUGGAAGGGCCUCGGGGUCCAGCAGAACGUCUUGAACAAAGUGUGGUUCGAGGACCUUGUCGUCCCAGAGGGUGCGAAGCAGGGUGGGGGCGCCACGGUGGACCCAGAGUUGGCGGAUGCCCCCGACGUCGCGAGGGCCUUGAUGAAGGACGUUGUCGAGGAUUCGGGCGUCGACACUGGAGAUGAGAUCGUCCGGACAGUCUCCAACAACGCGGCCCGCCUCAUCAUGCAGGAUCGGGAGGCGCAGGUGGAGAUUUCCUUGGUUGACCUCCUGGGCGGAUCCACGAGCGUGCUGCGCGUGAAGACCCACAUUCUGCAGUGCAUGCCUGAUGCUACCGCGGUCGUGGAGAGAGAGGCCACCCUGCAUCGACUCACGCAGUUGGCUCGCAAGGAUGUGAACAAGUACGCCUCCAUUACAGCGAGGGCCAAGCUGGAAACCGCCAUCAAGAUCAUGGGUCGGAUCGUGGAUGGUGUGUGCCCCGAUUUGGACGCUGUGAAGCAGUGCCCUGUCUUGAAGGACUUUUACGACCGCUUGCAGUUCUUCGUGCGCCACGUGCCGCCUGAAGGCGCCGCGGCUCCCUCGGCCCCCGCGGUCGGCGCGGCGGCGAUCAGGGCGCAGCUCGCCGACGCCGCCCAGAAGCACGCUUCAGGCGUCGCCACCCGCGCAGACAUUGAGGACCUCAAGGUUUUCGCCCAUUUGAUUCCUGAGGACAUUUCCGCGCAUGUAGCCGAUGUCAUCAAACGGGUCGAGGCGGCCGACCUUCCUUCGGCCGUGAAGGGCAAGAAGCCAGGCAAGAAGGCCCUGACAUCGUCCCAAAGUGGCGCGGCGGCCAGCGCAGCUGCGAAGGCAGCAACUUGUUUCGAUUAG